AUGGCUUGGACAGAGACAAUAGAGGUUAGAGACAGGAGCAGAGGGUGGUCACUGCAGAGGGAGAUACUGGGAAAGGACUUAGAAGAAGCAAAAGGGGUUGAGGAUAAGAAGAAGGAAUUUUCAAUUUGGAAGUGUUGUAUCUUGGCACUGACCGCUAACUCUACAGACAUGUCCGUACAAUACAUGGAGCCCAACACCCCGAUGCCUCCAACAUGCACCAAACCCGUACCUUGGACGACGCAAUACUUCAAGGAAAGCAUUUACCUCUCGAAGGGAUGGGACCUACUGUUAUGGGUUCCUCAAAGUUAUAUCUACAUGGCUGUAAUUGCUCUUGAAUGCUGGGUUUGA